AAUGUAUUCAAUGCGGUGUGAUGCCUAGACGUUUGUCAGUCAGGGCGAAAAUUGGCGAGAUUUUGGUAAUGAAAAGGAAUUAUUGAUAUAUGUUUCAAGCAUUUUCACGAAUGCAGUCAUCUCAGUCAUGAUACACUUCAAAGAUACGAAGAGUAAAUCGGCUUUAAGUACAAGAUGGGCUCAAAUGACGAAACAAGAGCAGAUUAUCGAGAAGAAGAAGAUGGAAAUCCAGGCGAAACUGGAAGCUCAAAAACAAGCAGCGGCACUUGCUGCACAAGCCAAACUAUCCAAUAUUUGCAACAAAGAUGAGAAAGCAUCAACUAACAUAUUCUCAAAUGAUGGCAGCUUCAUGAGCCAAUUCAAAGCUUUGCUUGAGAAACAGAAGCAAGAGAAGAAGGUGAAAGAGGAAUUAGAGUUGCAGAAGAGGGAAGAAGAGGAACGGAAAGCGAAAGAAGCUAAGCAGAAGGCAGUGGUAGAAAAUAAUGAAAGCGAUGAGAAAUGCGGAGAUAGAGAUCAUUCUAACAAUGACCAAGAAGAACGGAAUUCAGGGGAAAGGUCUAGGUCUAGAGACAGACAUCGCAGAUGGAGUGACAGAGAUAGAGAUAGAGGCAGAAACCGUCAACAUAGUCCAAUUACACCAGUUGUUGAGGAUAGAAAGAAACCUGCAGAAAAAUCUAUUCCUCCCCUCAUGCAAAUUCCCAUUAGACCACCGGGAGAUGCUUCUCCUGAAAAUGGAAAUAGAAAUCCUUGGCAAAACUAUCAAGAUGAUGAUGAUGAUGACAGCAGUCCCGAACACGAUUCCUGUAAUAGAGAAUCAGGUCACAUGGGUCCACUAAAAAUGGGUAUGGCUCCAUGGGGACCAGGACCAAUGCCUGGCCCUCACAUGGGGCCCAACAUGGGAAUGGGUCCUAAUAUGGGUCCAGGACCUAUGGGUCCAGUUUCUAACAUGGGGCCACCUGGCCCCAACAUGGGACCACCUGGAUCAAAUAUGGGACCAGGGGGACCAAAUAUGGGCCCUGGUGGACCUAAUAUGGGACCAGGAGGACCUAAUAUGGGGCCAGGAGGACCUAAUAUGGGACCAGGAGGUCCUAAUAUGGGACCUAGCGGACCCAAUAUGGGUCCAAUGGGACCUGGUCCAAUGAUGGGACCAGGAGGGCCUAAUAUGCCCCCUAUGCCACCAGGUGGACCUAUGCCGCCUUUCAUGGGUGGACCACCCAACUUUCCAAUGCCACCUAACUUCAUGGGCCCUAAUGGUCCAGGGGGUCCGUGCGGACCACCUGGCCCCAUGCCUCCCAAUAUGUGCGGCCCUAACAUGCGUGGCCCAGGUCCAAAUGGCCCUAUGCCUCCGUUUUGUGGACCUCCAUUCCCCAAUCCCCCGUUCAUGGGUCCCAAUGGCCCGCCCAAUUCGAUGAUGCCUCGAAAUUCUAACGGCAACAUGCCGCCAUUCAUGGGUCCUAGGCCGCCGUUUGGUCCCAACGGUCCUAAUUUCGGGCCUAAUGGCCCUCCGAAUAUGCCCUUUUUACCUCCAAACUCGAUGCCAAUGUCCAAUAUGUCUGAUAAGAAGCCUCUGGAAGCGAUUCCUCCGCCGGAACCUAUGAAGCUGCAGAACAUUCCACCACCAAUGCCACUGACUCUCAAUCAUAUUCCAAAGCCAAAGGACAUGGAACCUGGAGGAAUACCGAAUCCAUCGCAAGUUCUCUCUCCAGAUGCGUUGCCGUCGUCCGUGCAUCGAGCCGCUGCUGAGGUGGCCAACAAUGGGGACCACUGGGAAAAUGUCCUGAAAGCAAUUCACUCACAAGACCAAAAUAUGUGGUUCCUCCUUAAUCCGACCAGUAGUGAGUAUAAGGCGUUCAGGGACUUAGUGAUUAAGUACAGACAGGAGAAGACGCCUGAAGUGAAGCCUGAGGACAAGUACGAACCGGAGUUCUGUCUUGACGAUGACAGCAAUGAUAGCAGACCCGCCGUUAAAGAGGAAAGCAAGGACAGCUAUACAGACUCAAAUUCGCAAGCACUCUGGCAAAACAAGUAUGCGAACCAAUCUUUGUCGGUGAAACGCGAACAAACGAGUUCCCAAAGUGACGAGGAACCAGAAGCUAAGAGGGAACGGAGGAAGAAGAGGAAAUCGCGAUGGGGAGACGACCCUCCCGCCGCCGACAUCAAACCUCCAGGAAUUAUGGCGCCGUUGCCAGGAUUUCCCGUCCCAGGUAUACAAUUGGGUAAACUCGACGAGGAUGGUGUGAAGCUGACCACAGUCAACCGCAACAACCAAGCUCUAAUGCAGUACGCGCUAACGAAUUAUGGCACCACAAACCUGAGUCCCGAAGAUUGGAAGAAGUGCGAAGAUAAUUUCAAACUCAAUCUGUUGUAUCAGGACAUGCUGAAGAAGAGGCAACAGGUUGAGCGCCUCGCCGCACAAGGCAAACAUAAGUAUGAUUAUGACAGCGAUGAAGACGUGUCCGAAGGCACCUGGGAACACAGACUGCGCGCUAAAGAAAUGAACGCUACUGAGAAAUGGGCGACUGAGUUGACCAAACAAGCGGCGGGGAAGCAUCACAUCGGGGACUUUCUUCCACCCGAAGAACUGAGAAAGUUCAUGGAAAAGUAUUCAGCUGCAAAAAGUGGCAAGGAGCCAGACUUAAGUGAUUAUAAAGAGUUUAAACUGAAAGAGGAUAACGUCGGCUUCAAGAUGCUGCAGAAACUAGGAUGGAGUGAGGGCCAGGGUCUAGGCGCUGAAGGCACGGGCAUAGUGGAACCUAUCAACAAAGCAAAUCAGCCCGUGGCCAACUUGGGGUUAGGUGCGUCUACGUCGGAAGUCGUCUUGCCUGAGGACGACGAGUUUGAUGCGUACAGGAAACGCAUGAUGCUGGCUUACCGGUUUAGACCUAAUCCCUUGAACAAUCCUCGAAGACCUUACUACUAAUAUUAAGAAGAUUCUAGAUUUAGUUAUACAUAUAUUCGUAUAUACUUACUUACAUAGGUAGAUAAUGUAGGUCGACAUAUUGUAACGCGCGCAUUCAAAGAAUAUAUUCUAACUAAAGGCAACAGGCAAUAAGUAUUUCUUUCUCUGUUACGCAAAUUCCAAAUUGUACCAUAAGAGAAAGAGAGAAGGGUUUAUAUGCGCGUGUUUUUAAAAUCGUUCGUUGUCAAAAUUAUUGAGUUUAGCAUACCAAAGUUCCGUGUAGGUGAUUCGAAGUAGUUUUAUCUAUAUUUGUAUAUUAAUAAAAUACAUUAUAUGCACUGCCUUUUACAUUAAAUUCCGUAUUUUUAACCCACGGAACCUCAUAAGUACACUAAAGCGUUUGCUACUCUAUAAGAUAGCUUUUAAAUGGUUUCUAUAUGAAAUGUUUGAUAUAUUUACUUAAUUGUGUAAGUUUGACACAAAAUUAAGAGAUUAUGUCCUAAGAACUUCCAUAUUGUUCGUAGUAAAAGUAAGUACUUUAUACCUAAUUGUUAAUUCUUUUCAAUAAAUAUACUUGUCUUAAA